AUGGCGGAUCAGGCACCCGGUCAGGCACCCGGGUCGGAGGUGCCAGAGGUGCUGGAAGAGUCCACUAACCAAAGCGACCCAGUGUCCCAGCCGAGCUCUGGCAUGUUGUCAUUACCCAUUCCUAAGGCUCCUCAAAGCUCAGCUGGCGCCACUGAAUCUGGGCAGGACGGUUCCUCUGCAAAUCUCGCCGCAGAUCCGCCCACAGGCCAGUCGCAGGUUGUCGCGUCUCCUGCGGCUAACACCACUAUGAGCUACACAGCCCCAAGUACCGUGGUUGAGCUCCCGCCUCUUCAAGCGCCGCCGCGGGAAGAAGCGUCCCCUCCCCAGUUGGAAACAGAUGACAAGGCAGAGACUUUGGCCAGCACCACGAAUACGACUGACAUGGCACAGCAGUCACCGAUGGACGCGAGUGCCUCCCAGGAGCGUGAAUUGCCUACCAAAGAUGCGCCAUCCGAAGCGCCGUCCGCUGAAACCAAGGAUUCUGCACCAGGGGCGAAUGCGGUGCAGCAGCGUACUGUCGCGUCGCAAGAAGGUGAUUCUACAGAUGUACCCGUGGAUCAACAGCCCAAGUCGGCCGAGGCGCCAGAUGACACGUCCGCCACCGUUGUGGUGAAGAAGAAAGACGCCUUUGGUCGUGAUAUCACCUACAGGGUACCCGCCAACCCGGAGUCUACACCCCAGCCCUCGAAACUGGCUGCUGCUGCCCCGGCCAAGCAUGCGGCGCGUUCAUCCCCAGGGAGGGCUACAUCUCCCCGACGGGGUCGCUCCCCUGCGCGCAGCGGGCGUGGUGCUCCCCCGGAUCGGUUCCAGAAAGGCCAUCACAGUGAUGGAGCUAUGGCCCGCAGCGGCUCGCCGCCGCCGCACAGUCGCUUAUUCCUGGGCAACCUACCCUGCGAGAAAGUGUCAAAGCGCGAGUUGAUGGACAUGUUUGGCCGCUAUGGCCGCGUUUUGGAGAUUUCGUUGCAUCGGAGUUUUGGCUUUGUCCAGUUUGACAGUGCACAGAGCGCUGCUGCGGCGCGUGAUGGCGAACAAGGGAAAGUCGUGGGCGGUUUGACAUUAGCGCUGAGCCACCGCCAAGGCCUCCGCGUGGUGCCGGACCUCCGCCGCCCAGAAGACCCUGAUUUUGCUGAUGCCAUUGGUCGGGAAAUUGCAGACAUCGGACUGCAUGUUGAUGCACUCGCGUACCAGCCAGCACAAAACUUUCAAACGCUGAUGGAGCAGAUUCGUGAUGAUGGGGUCAAGUUUGUGUGCGUUCUUCCCGAUGCGGCCGGCGUCCGGCCAACCCUGGACGUGCACUACAUGCAGGGUGUGCCACAAGUUGAACGGGACGUGGUGAUGGCCGAGGCGGUCCGCAUCAUUGAUGCCUGGCAAAAGCGUGGUCCGGCCACGGCACCUGCACUACCAACAAUGCCCAGCCAUGGAUCUGUUGCGCCGGCUGGAGUUCCGCAGCCCCGGGUUCCUGCCGACCCGUACGGCCGGCCCGUUCGGCAGCCUUCCCCACCUCCACCGUCUUCGCGAUACGAGGCGCAAGCUCCGCUGCACCGCGGACCACCCGAUGUUGGGCGUACAUACUAUGAUGAACACAAUGGGCGGGCACCCAAUGACUACGACCGCGGCUAUGGGCGUGCAGCGCCUCCGCCCAGCCGAGAGGCCUAUGAGCCUGCAGCCUACGACAACUAUGCUCGAGCUCCCGAACCUGGUCGAGGGUAUGGUGGCAAUUCCAAUAGCGCUAUUUCCGAAGUCUACAAUCUCAUUGGCGACAGGGGAAACAGUCGCGGCCCACCUCCAGCGCAAGCUGACUAUGGACGCGCCCCGGCCCCAGCUGGCUAUCAGCCACGUGACCCCCAUCCCGCUUCGUAA